ACGCUGUCAUCGCAGAAAUUGCAAACCAUACCGAGUGUAUGGUGUUUGUUUUGGAUUCCUACUAUAGUAAAUCAAUGGGUGAUGCCUGGAUGAAAGAGAUCUACCUUUUACCUCUAUAUGUGGUAGUCAUUCGAGAUAACGAAGACUUUUUUCCACCAAAAACUCGGCUCCAGAAGAUUCUCAAUGAGAGCAAGAAGGCUGGUUGCAAUGCGUAUGUCAUUCUUGUAGCAAAUGGAUUACAAGUGUCUCGACUGUUGCAGUUUGCCGAAGGAGAUCGGCUACUUAAUGCUCAAGGAUAUUUUCUAUUUUUGGACGACUCCCGAUUAUUCCAUUCUGGAAUGCACUACCUAUGGAAUCGACUGGUUAAUGCUGUUUUCUUACGCCGAUUCAAUGUUUAUAAACGUAGAUCUGGAGAACAGCCUGUUAAAGAGAGAUUGGACUUGAAUGUGCUGCACUAUCCUGCCCAUGGAAGAAAGACCCUGCCAACCACCCACAUUGACACCUGGCACCAUGGUAAAUUUCGUUACGGCAGAAAUCAUUUCCCUGAUAAGACUAGAGAUCUUCGAGGGAAAUUGUUGAGAGUUGCUGUGUUCGAACAUGUGCCUGCUGUCACUAAGCAAGCUAGACAAUUUUUUCAAGGUGAGAACAACAACAUCCAAGAAACUCCCAACAGUUCUGAAGCACUGGGAAUAGAAUUUGAAAUUUUGAGAGUAAUUGCCAAAGUAAUGAAUUUUAAAGCUUCGCUGUACACUCCACCUAAUGUCGAUAAGGAAAGGUGGGGUUCACCAGGUCCGAACGAUACUUACACUGGACUUCUUGGAGAAGCUGUGGCCAGUAGAGCUGCAUUCUUUCUUGGUGAUCUCCACUACACCCUCCGUCAUUACAGACUCCUCGACUUGUCAUUACCAUACAACACCGAGUGCCUUACUUUUUUAACACCUGAAUCUUUGAUGGACAACUCAUGGAAGCUUCUCAUUGCUCCUUUCAAAUUAUACACAUGGAUCGCUGUAAUCCUGACUCUCUUGUCGGGUGGGAUCAUCUUCCACUUGUUCUCACUAUCCUACGAGAGAUAUAUAAUUCAUUUUAAGAGAAUGAAAACAAGUUUAGAAAAAAAUCUAGAAAACUUUGAGGUUCCAAAAAGUGCCAAAACUGGAAAGCAGAGCAUCAAGUCACCGGCUUCUUUCAUUUCCGAUGAUAAAAAGGGUUUGUACCUCUUUACGGAGCUACAGAACAGUAUUCUAUACACUUACAGCAUGCUUCUCUUGGUUUCGCUGCCUCGAUUGCCUAAUGCCUGGGCUUUGCGAGUCUUUAUAGGCUGGUGGUGGUUGUACAGCAUAUUGGUUGUUGUAUCAUAUCGUGCAAGCAUGACUGCAGUACUUGCUAAUUCUGUCGAUAGGAUAACCAUUGAUACAAUUGUGCAACUGGCCAAAAGUCCCAUAGCUGUUGGGGGGUGGGGAGAAGAUAAAAAGGAACUGUUUUUGACAUCGAACGAUGUAUAUGCCCAAAAAGUUGGCAGUAAAUUCGAGCUUGUAACCGAUGAGGAGGAAGCAUUGUCAAGAGUUGCCAAUGGAACGUUUGGCUAUUACGAAAAUAUUUACCAUCUGAAACAGGCCCGUACAAAGAGGCAAAUUUUAAAUGAUGAGCAGAAAAAAAAUGCUUCGUCUAGAAAUGAAGCACACCACUUGGACCGAAUCUUGCAUAUAAUGCAAGAAUGCGUCGUACAUAUGCCAAUAUCGGUUGGCUUGGAUAAACAUUCUCCAUUAAAGCCACGUGUUGAUAAACUGAUACAAAGAAUGGUCGAAACAGGUCUCAUUCAAAAGUGGCUAAACGAAGUUCUGCAAUCGUCUAAAACAGAAGAGACUCAAGAAGGGACAGAAACGCAAAAAAUGCUCGUAGACCUUCAGAAUCUGUAUAUAGGUUUUGUCAUCCUUGCGGUAGGUUACUUUUUCAGUUUGUUCGCCCUAAUUAGUGAAUUGCUGCAUUGGAAGUAUAUCGUCCAAAAAAAUCCCACAUUUGAUAAAUACUACCUUGAUGUGUUCUAUAAGAAGCAAUGAAUACCCAUUAUAAAGUAAGAACUAUCAAUGAUCUAAACUUACAUGUACUUCAGGAGGUGAAACGAACAAUCGCAUUCAGCAUUCCAAUCGGCUUACUCGUUUCAUUCUUUAAUGUACAAUGCAUUCAUUAAGUUACAGACUACCACAUUACAUGAUUUUGGCACUUGCUCUAUUGUUACAUUCUUACUUCCUUAUUAUAUAUACAUUCGUGAUAUAACAAGUAAAUUUGAGAACCAUGCUCUCCCGUGACUUCAGAUUACGUAACAAACAAUUUACCACAAUGGAAAAACAAUAAGUAAAGUUAACGUGAAUUACAAAUGAUCACUCACACCAUCAAUUUACAUUAAACUAAAUGUAACUCCAGGUCCUUCAAAAUACUACAGUAAAAUUGUUAAGUUAAUCGAAGAGACAAGUUCAUUCUUAAACAUGUCUGCCCGUUUAUUGUCUCUCUGACGUUUAAUAUGUAGAAAAUGAAUAUUUCCACAGCCAAUCGUCUAUGUUCACGAUUUGUGCGCGUUAAGUGCAUUACUUAUCAUCCUUAGAACGAUGUCAUACAUGCCCGAUCAAAAAACUUCAUAACGAUAAGGAAACUUUAAACUUCAUGCUGACCGCUUACUCAAGUAUCAAAAAAUGAACAGCACAUAACCACCAAAUUCAUCGUAACAUUAAAUAUUUAAACGGUAGUAACGUCACUGGUUUCAAAGCCCACUACCGGCACGUCUAUCAACAAUUGGAACUUCCAUUCAAGCGUCCAUUGUACAUUAAUUCUAAGUAUUUCAUAAGCAUUAAUAAACUGACAAGUAAAUUAUAAAGUGGUAAUGAAGCAAUCAGCCCAUUACCUAUUCAAGUUAAACUUAAAUUCGACGCAAUAGAAUUACAAAUGUCACUUCCAUUUAAGUCGUUGAUGCCAUUUGGCCUAAGUCUUCCCAAGGCCCUAGAAUACAGUAGACGAAUAAAAUACGUAUACAUAUACGACUCCCAUACUUCUAGAGUCCAAAUCUCAACACUUUCGCAUUUCUUGAUUACAAUAAUUUAUAAUACAAAUAAUCAUUAUCGUACCGUAUAUACAGACACGAAGUCGAAGUAAGGUAAACUCGUUUAUGCCUAAUCGCUGAAAGUUUCGCGUAAACUUUACAAGUGCGUCAUAAUCGAACCAUCGAGAGCUUAGACGUUGAAUCUUCGUAUUUACAAUAAAUGUACUUAUACAUGUAUAUAUAUGCAUAUAUCAAGUUUCCAUUUCACCUAUAAUAAUUACCCUGUGUCCUACACGGUAGUAUCAUGAAACGCAAGCACAUAUUUUUCUUGACAUUACGAUACAAUAAUUACAGCAUCGGUAAGUGCUAGCUAAGUUAGGUCUGCAACGUAGUACUGCAUAGACACAUAACAUCGGGUGAUUGCAGGAAGUUCAGUACUCACUCACAGGAAACUCCAAUUACAAUUUUUACCUUUCUUAGCAUUUCCCUGACCGACACACGAAACUCUAUAGAGAUAUCUUGCGGAAGGACGAAACCUACUUUCGAAACUGACAUAGAAAAUUUGUGAAACAUCAGUGCGAUAUGUAUAGACAUCUCGAAUGUGUAUGUUGUAACAAAAGUCGAGUUCACUUUCAAGGGUCUUCAAAGUGCAACAAAAUCUGCGCGACUGCGAAGUGCUGGUAUAUUAUCACAUAAUAGGUUGGCCUUAAUCUUUUACAAAGUCUUCGGAAUAAUAAUCAUGAUUGUCCAUAGGAAUGUGAUAUGAAUUUGAAUCUUGGCUCUCCUAACAAUUAACCUUUUGCAUCCAUAUAUCUUUAACUAACCAGAUUGUUGGCACAUUGGUGAUAUCUGAAUGCAAAGAGUUAAAGAGGUUACUAGCAUCGACUACAAAAUCAUUUAACUUUGCCAUGCCCAUUGCUGCGCAAGUUACAUUCUCUUAUUAUAGGCUGUUAAAGAUUUCUACUUGUGGGAGAGAUGUACUAAAUGAUGAAUCAACAUUUAGUAUUAUGAAAAGUUUGUGUCCUAAACAGAUUAAUACUUCUAUCUCUUUUUCCAUAAUUUCUUAAAUUAAAAUCUGGGUCAUAGUAUUUUUUUAGGCUUUCUCCGAAACUAAAGCUGUUUUGUGAAUAAACUUACAAUGUUGUAAAAACAAAUGGCAGUGGUUCUUCCGCUUCUCCCUUUCAGUAGUAUGUCAAGAAAUGAGUAUAAAUGAUAUUAAUAUGAACAAUGUGUUAAUUAUUAUAGAGUGAAACACAAUAGUUUAACUGACGAAAAUUUGAGCUUUAUUGAGAUUCUAAAUGUGAAAAUGUGAUUUUUGGUUGCGUUACCUGAAUGUGUAUCUUUUCUGUAAUUCGGUUAAUACCUGGUAAAUACAAUUACCAGAAUAUAUAAAUGCUCGUGGUCUUUAUGGAAAUGUGUAUUCCUGCACAUAAAAAUCCGCAGAAAACUGCAAAUGCCACAUUUGUACGACUUAACGAAAAGCUGGAAGGUCUGCUGUUCUAAGCAUUAUAAGUAAUUUUUCUACAGGCAAUUACAGACUUUAGUUUCCAAA